AUGUGCUGGUGGCGAGACGAGCAAGGCCUGAACCCAGUUCAAGUUGCAGCCAAGAAAGGGCAUGUUGAGAUAUUGGAAGAGCUGCUUGAAGAGGAUCUUUUGUCUGUUAUGGAGAGAGUGCACCGCGGUCAAACUGUGCUGCAUUUGUGCAUGAAACAUCGCCAGCUUAGGGCACUGGAGUUUUUGGCGGACAAGUUGCGUGACCUUGUGUAUGCCAAAGAUGAUGAUGGAGAGACACUCUUGCAUUGGGCUGUUAGGACCCAACAAGUUGAGUCCAAAAUUUAUCGAUACUUAUCAAAGAAGAGAGAGCAGACCAUGGUGGUGAUGACCCUGAUCACAACCAUGGCGUUCCAGGCGGCCGUGAGCCCCCCCAGGUGGGGUGUUGUAGGGAUCAGAUCACUCGGGAUUCGCUAA